CGUUACGUAAUCUCUGCACGCCGGAGGCGAAGGGAGGGUCGCAGGUUCGAGCCCAGCCUGAGCAUUAGCGAGCUCCUCCCUCCCUCCCUACCUCACUUCCGGGAAAGGCUUUGGUUUCGACCCCCAGGAUCGACAGGCGAACAAAAGAGGAAGCACUGCGUGGGGGCCGCGAGCGGGGUGCACGGGAACGGGUGGCUUUUCAGACGGGCGGGCGUCGUCCCGGGAAAAGCUGCGAGCGCAGGGGCCCGGCCGGGACGGGGCGGCCGGGAUCGCAGACGCGGGAGACGGCCCGGUCCGGCCUGCGGGGAAGAGCAGCAGCCGUUCACGCCUGGUGCACUGUGGACUCUUGUGAUAAUUAUCAACAAUAGCUUUCUUUGGAUAACCUCCUACCUAAAGAAGACAGAAAAUGAUGGCUUGUGCUGAGUUUUCUUUUCAUGUGCCAAGUCUACCAGAGCUUGCUGAAGUUAUGCAGAAGGGGUUAAAAGAUAACUUUGCUGAAGUCCAGGUCUCUGUCGUUGACUGUCCUGAUUUGACUAAGGAACCAUUUGUCUUUCCUGUAAAAGGCAUCUGUGGAAAAACUAGAAUUGCAGAAGUAGGAGGUGUGCCUUACUUAAUGCCUCUUGUAAACAAAAAAAAAGUUUAUGAUCUGAAUAAGAUUGCAAAAGAAAUCAAGCUACCUGGAGCUUUUAUUCUUGGAGCAGGGGCAGGCCCAUUUCAGACUCUUGGAUUCAAUUCUGAGUUUAUGCCAAUUAUUCAAACAGAAAGUGAACACAACCCCCCUGUGAAUGGAAGUUACUUUGCCUAUAUUAACCCUGCAGACGGAGGGUACCUACUAGAGAAAUACAACAAGAAAUACCAUGAUUUUGGAUGUGCAUUGUUGGCUAAUCUUUUUGCCAGUGAGGGUCAAUCUGGGAAGGUAAUUGAGGUAAAAGCCAAAAGAAGAACUGGACAACUUAACUUUGUGACUUGUAUGAGACAGACUCUGGGAAACCAUUAUGGAAACAAGCCUGUAGGGAUGGGAGGAACUUUCAUAGUUCAGAAGGGAAAAGUAAAGGCUCAUAUUAUGCCCACAGAAUUUUCUUCUUGUCCGUUGAACUCUGAUGAAGAGGUAAAUAAAUGGUUGAAUUUUUAUGAGAUGAGGGCUCCUCUGGUUUGUCUACCAGUUUUUGUCUCCAGAGACCCAGGGUUUGACUUGCGACUGGAACACACUCACUUUUUUAGUCAUCAUGGAGAAGGUGGACACUACCAUUAUGACACUACUCCAGAUACAGUGGAAUAUCUUGGAUACUUUUCACCAGCAGAGUUUCUCUAUCGCAUUGAUCAACCAAAAGAGACCCAUGGCUUUGGGAGAGAUUAAAUCAACUGAUCCAUGUUUAGAAAAAGAGGCGGUUAAGGUUAAAUAACUAGCUCAUUAAGGAUACUAAUAUAAAAUCUUAACAGUGUGGUGGUACACACCUAUAAUCCAGCACUCAGGAAGCUGAGGCAGGAGAAUCACUGAAUUGAGGCCAGCCUGGG